AUGGUGCUACUGUCUCUUUAAGGACGCAGGACGUCCUCUACUUGACGUCGUGCGUAAUCUGUGGUGCGUAAUCUCCAGACGACCGGGAACAGAACAAGCUGUCCACAUUCACAUGUAGACAAACUUCAAACUACUACAUCUCACAGAGUCCUUAAGUGUUGCUGUCAUGCCUGCUAAAAAGACCCCCACCAAGAGGAAGUUCGACCCUAUUGUUGAGGAUGCUAAAGACCUCAAGAAAGUGAAAGUUUUCCACAGGAGUCAUGGCAAGGAGGCAGGUCAGGUUCUUGCUCUGGGCCAGGGUGAAGUUGGACAGUUGGGUCUAGGCGAGGACAUCAUGGAGAGGAAGAAACCGGCUCUUGUGUCUCUGCCAGAGAAAGUUGUGCAAGUGAUAGCUGGAGGCAUGCACACUGUGUGCCUCGGCGACACUGGCCAUGUCUACACUUUUGGCUGUAACGACGAAGGUGCCCUUGGUCGGGACACAACAGAGGAGGGUUCUGAGAUGGUUCCAGCGAAGGUGGCAUUGGAAGAGAAGGUGGUCCAGGUGUCGGCAGGGGACAGCCACACAGCUGCACUCACAGAGGAUGGAACAGUCUACACGUGGGGCACCUUCAGGGAUAACAACGGUGUAAUAGGUCUUCUGGAGCCCUUCGAAAUAUGCAAAGCUCCAGUCAAAGUCCCCAUGACAGAACCUGUUGUGAAAAUUGCGUCAGGUAGCAACCACCUUGUACUGGUUACACUGGAGGGGAAUCUGUACACAUCAGGCACGGCAGAGCAGGGGCAGCUGGGAAGAGUGCCUGAGCAUUUUUCAGACAGAGGAGGCAGAAAAGGCCUCGGCCGGUUGCUGGUACCACAGAUGGUAAAAAUCAAAGGGAAAGUUCACUUCAAAGAUGCCUUCUGUGGGGCGUACCACACUUUCGCUGUGUCAAAAGAGGGGCCUGUUUAUGGGUUUGGUCUCGCCAACUAUCACCAGCUGGGCACUAAAAACACCAAGAUGUGUUUUGUCCCGGUAAAACUGGUUUGCUUCAAAAACUCUACCACCUCUUGGGUGGACUUCUCUGGAGGACAGCAUCACUCUCUCUGCCUUGAUGCUGAAGGACAGGUAUACAGCCUGGGCAGAGCGGAGUACGGUCGUCUCGGUCUGGGCGAAGCGGUAGAAGAAAAGAGUGAUCCCACGCCUGUGAUGGGGAUGGAGCCGGCCAGCGGAUUGUCAUGUGGGGCGUCUGUCAGCUACGCCGUCACCAGAGAAGGAUCCGUGUAUGCCUGGGGCAUGGGCACCAACCUGCAGCUCGGCACAGGAGAGGAGGAUGACGAGUGGAGCCCUGCAAAGAUGACCGGCAAGCAGCUGGAGAACCGCACAGUACUGAUGGUCUCCAGUGGAGGGCAGCACACAGUCCUUUUGGUCAAAGACAAGCAGGAGAGCUGAUGUCCAUCUCACACAGCAGGGAUCUUUUGAUCUGUUUCAAGGUGGGGCCUUUUUUUCCACAAUGCCUAAAUCCGGGGAGGGGGUUGAUCUGUAUGCGACUAACUGUGCUGAGCCGAGGGAGUGCGAGAGGUUUGGGCGCUUUUAUGAGACACUCUUCUCUUCCUGGUGUAGGGAAAAAUAUUCACGGAUGUUCGGUAGACCAUCACAAAUGAGAGACUAUUUUUUUUAAAAUCUAGUUUUUGAUGUUCCUUGAAUUCUUUUCAUUAAAAGUCAUUAGUACGACUGUAAGGUGAUAUAUGUGAUGUUCGUGAAUGGGACUGUUUGCAUGUAUGUAAAGGAAAUGAGAGUGCAAGCCUUUUAAUGACUUCCCCAAAACAACAGUCUUUUUAAUGUUUUUCUUUUUUCUUUUCUUAGCAAUACUGUAAUUCCACUGACCUUGGUUCAGACAGGACAUUUAUACUCAAUGAGUGAUAUGUGAGACUACUGUUCAUUUUACCGAGGGCACACAAUUGCUGUGACAUUUGGACAUUUGGUAGCGCGUCAUACUUGAUCCUGCAUUUUGUUGCUUUUCCUGUCUAAAAAUAAAGAUACAAUUUUAAGGUU